AUGGCGCUCAGCGUCGGCGUGCGGCGGCUGUCCGGGCUGCCGGGCUGUGGUGAGCGGCAGGUGCAGCUCAGCUUCCGAGGCUUCACCCAGAAGACGAAGAAAGUUCGCUGCGGCCCGGAGGCUGUGUUCGGGGAGCUCUUUCGCUGGCCUCACUAUGGGAAGCCUGCCGUGGGGGAAAUGCUGUCCAUUAAGGUUUACAACUGCAGCAAAGUUUUCAGUAACAGGCUUCUUGGUACCCUUGUUCUCAGCCUUCAGCAUCUGAUGACGUCUGGGAGGCUGAUCCUUCGAGAGGCUCUCGUUGACAAGAACCACAGAGUCACUGGUAUCUACAUUGAGUUGGAUUUGCGCUACCAACCUCCUGAUGGCUCAGCUGGGACCUGGGUUGAAGAGGACUUUGUCUAUCAGAUGAGGGACAGCUCAGAAUUGGUCAUCUGCAACCCAGGCUUUGAGGAGCCGGAGGCAACUGAGGGGCCAAGAGUGAGCGAACUGGACAGGAGGGCUGCUGCACUGGGCAGAAAGCUGGCAAAAGGUCUAGAGACUGAUGAAGAAGAGGAAGAAGGGGAAGAAGAUUUCUACGAUGUGUCUGAGAUGGAGGUUUCAGGCAUUAUCUUCAGCCCUGUGAAGAGCCGCUCCAGACACUGCUCCACAGGGGACCUCUUUGCCACCCCAACCCCGCAGAACUUCCAGGUUGGAAUUAACAUCAUUGAAGCACAGAAGCUGGUGGGGGUGAACAUUAACCCCUUUGUGGUGGUCAAAGUUGGAGAAGAGAAGAGGCAUACAGCAACACACAAGUCAACCAACUGCCCCUUCUACAAUGAAUACUUUCUGUUUGAAUUCCAUGAGCCAAGAGACAUUUUAUUCCACAGACUCAUAGAGAUCUUGGUUUUUCACUCAAAGAAGAUCCCAUUCCUGGGAACGUGCAUAGGAAGGUUCAAGAUGGAUGUUGGGACAGUAUACAGCCAGCCAGAUCACAGGUUUUUCCAGAAGUGGGCUGUUAUCAGUGACCCCACAGACACCAGGGCAGGUGUGAAGGGCUUUGUGAAGUGCAACAUCUCCGUCACCGCACGUGGGGAUGCUGUGGGCUCCCUUCCCACCUCCUCCAGCAGCAGGGAUGAGGACAUUGAAAGGAACUUGCUGCUGCCUAAGAGAGUCCCUGCAGAGAGACCCUGGGCCAGGGUCUGCAUCAAGUUGUAUCGUGCUGAAGGCCUGCCCAGCAUGAGCGCGGGCAUCAUGGGUGGUUUCUCCAAGAUCAUAGGGGAGAAAAAAGUCUUUAUUGACCCAUACGUGCAGAUCUCAUUCUGUGGGCAGCAGGGGGAAACGUCAGUGGAGAUCAGCACCACUGAACCUGAGUGGAACGAGCAGAUCAGUUUCAUUGAGAUGUUUCCACCUCUGGCCAGAAGGAUAAAAGUGCAGGUGCUGGAUGAUGCCAACAUUGGUGAUGUGGCCAUCGCUACACACUCCAUCGACCUGCAGCAGAUCUCAGACGCUGGCAGGAAUGGCUUUAACCCCGUGUUUGGUCCGGCUUGGGUGAACCUUUAUGGCUCCCCUCAGAACUCAGCUCUGCAGGAUGUCCACAAGGCCCUCAAUGAGGGCAUGGGUGAGGGCAUCUUCUAUCGUGGGCGCAUCCUCAUGGCCAUCACAGUGGAGAUCUUCAGCAGCCCCAGCAUAGCUGAGAGGAAGCUUGGGGAUAAGACAAAACGUGCCCUAAGCAAACUGAAGCUGAAGAAGAAAAGUAAGAAAUCCAAGGAGAAAGCCAAGUCACUGAGACAGCUUCAUGCAGAAGAGGAGACUGGGGGUUGUCAGGAGGCUGAGCAGCCUGAGGAGGUCACUGUGGAAGUCGAAGAGAUUCAUCCUCUCCCUGAGAAUGCACUGGGGAGGAAGGAGGAAUUUCUACUCUUUGCUGCCUUCUUUGAAGCUACUAUGAUGGACUCUUCUCUCAGUUCCAAGCCUCUCAGCUUUGAAGUCUCUAUAGGAAACUAUGGCAAAGCUGAAGAGAUUGUGACCAAAGUAGGGAGAACAGUGGAAAAGGGAGAAGUGAAAGAAGAAAAGCAGCCUUUGCUGGACUCUAGUUCAGAUGGUGAACUUGAUGUUGAAGUCCUGGUCUCAGCUUCAACAGCACUGAACAAGUCAGUGACAAAGAGCCAGAAACCAGAGCCCAUGGAGUAUGACAGGUCAUACAGCUACCUGCCCAUGACGCAUGAGAAGCCCUGUGUGUACGUGUGGAGCUACUGGGAGGAUCACACCUGGAGGCUCUGUAUUUCCAACUGGAUUGUCAAGCUGGCAGAGCGCCUGGAGCAGGGGCUGGAUGAUGUGGAGAAGCUCAUGAGAAGGCUAAAGGCUAAAGCAGAAGAGCGACUCAGAGAGGUGCUGGAGGAGUUUGUAGCUGGAUGCAGGCAAUAUUCACUCAGCAUGGAGAGAAAAUCCAUGGCACAUCCCAACAGCCUGGACAGAUGUCGGACAAAAUUCCUGAUGCGCAAUAUCAUCCUGUGUGCAAAGCAGGGGCUCCGUGUGAGGCGGCAACUGACUCGAGCCAAUGUCAAGGAGAAGGUUAAGGAGAUAAAGAGGGUCCUAGCAAAACUACGCUUCAUGGCUAAAGAGCCCCAGUGCACUCUUCCUGAUGUGCUUAUCUGGAUGCUCAGCAACAACAGGCGUGUGGCGUAUGCAAGAGUUCCCGCACAGAACAUCCUUUACUCAGUAGUUGAAGAGGAGAAGGGCAAGGACUGUGCAAAGAUCCAGACGGUUUUAAUGAAGGUCCCUGGCUUACACACUGGUGAGAUCUUUGCCAAACUGGAACUCUACAUGUGGCUUGGGAUAACCAAAUACACAAAGAACUGUUUGGCAGAGAUGCCUAAGGAGUUCAAAUACCUCUCUGAGAGUGGACAGGAAAUAGUGCAGCUUUCAGCCUACAGUCCUCCCAGCCGGCUCAGCAGGGAUGAUUUCAGCUAUUUCCAGCUCCGAGCCCAUCUAUAUCAGGCCCGAGGGAUUCUCCCUGCAGAUGACAAUGGCCUUUCAGAUCCAUUUGCAAGAGUGGUGUUUUCAACUUACAGCCAAACAACCAGGAUGCUGGAGGAGACACUGAGCCCCAUGUGGAACGAGCUGCUUCUGUUUGACCAGCUGAUUAUUGACGGGAAAAAAGAAGAGCUGAAAACAGAGACCCCCAUCAUUAUAAUCAACCUUUUCAGCCACAGUAAAUUUGGCUCCCCUGAGUUCCUGGGCCAGGCCUUUGCUGUCCCACAGGUGAAGCUGGCUGAUGAGCCAUACACCAAACCUACUCUGCAGUUCUUUGAUAUCUACAAAGGCAUCAAGGCAGCAGGAGAGCUCAUUGCUGCUUUUGAGCUGAUUGAACUGGAUUACAGCGGCUGUUUGGAGCCAUCGGUGCCUGAGGAUGUGGAGCCCAAGGAGCCCAAUUACCUGGGAGCCCCCAAUGCUGGACGAUUCAUCAUCCCUGAGGGCAUCCGCCCGCUGCUGAAGGAGUUCCGCAUAGAGAUCCUGUUCUGGGGCCUGCGGCACCUGAAGAGGGUGAACUUGUUUGAGGUGGAUCAUCCCCAGGUGAUCAUUGAAUGUGCUGGCAAGAAGGUAGAGUCGGAAGUGAUUGUGAUGUACAAAGAGAACCCCAACUUCACAGAAUUGGUCAAGUACAUGGAUGUGGAGCUCCCAGAGCAGGUCUACCUGCACCCUCCCCUCAGCAUCUUUGUGGUGGAAAAGCGGGCAUUUGGGCGCACUGUCCUGGUGGGUACACAUGUUGUGUCCAAUGUGAUGAAAUUCUCUCCUAGAGAGCUGGAGGAGGAACCAGAAGAUGUACCCAAAGCUCAGAAAGUCUCAUCCCAACACCUUCCCUCUCAGACUGUGGUAAAUGUUGGCUUGGUAGCUGCUGAUCCGUGUCCCAGCACUCACCCCCUGAGCCUUGUGAAGGCUCCUUUGAAGAAAAUUCCUAUUGAUAGACUUGUGAAGAAGGAGGAUGAAUACGAAGAGGAAAAACCAGAUCUGGAAGAACUGGAUUGGUGGUCCAAAUAUUACGAGUCUCUGAAGGAGCUCUACAAUCAGACACACAGUGAUGAUGAAGAUGCUGAGAAUGAUGACCUGAAUGAUGCAGAUGGAGGGAAUUUAAAUGCAUCCUCCAUUGAUUUGGAAGCAGAAGAUGAGGCAGUAAUUGAAGCUGAACCCAUCCAGCCCAAAAGGAAGAUCAUCACCACCCUUCAGAUCUACAACUCUGAGCUGGAAAAUGAGUUUGGUAAUUUUGAGGACUGGCUGUGUGUUUUCCCCCUUCAUCGUGGCAAAGCAAAUGAGGAUGAAGAUGGAAAUGAGGAUGAACAUUUUGUGGGGAAGUACAAGGGGUCCUUCUAUGUCUACCCCACUGAGGAAGCUGGCCUGGAGCCUAAGGUCUCCCAGGGCACUCCAAGGAACAGACCCAUCAAGGUCCUCGUAAGAGUUUACGUUGUUAAGGCUAUGAACCUGUCUCCAGCAGAUCCCAAUGGCAAGGCAGACCCCUACGUGGUGGUGACUGUGGGGAAGGAGCAGAAGGACACAAAGGAACGAUACAUCCCAAAGCAGCUCAAUCCUGUGUUUGGAGAAGUUGUGGAGCUGACAGCCUCCUUUCCCAUGGAGUCAGAACUCACUGUGGCAAUAUUUGACCAUGAUUUGGUUGGAUCUGAUGAUCUGAUUGGGGAGACCAAGAUUGACUUGGAGAAUCGAUUCUACAGCAAGCACAGGGCCAACUGUGGAGUGUCUUCUCAGUACGAUAUAAAUGGCUACAACAUGUGGCGAGACGCUUUCAAGCCCACACAGAUCUUGGAUAGUUUAUGCAAGAAAAACUCCCUCCCUGCGGCAGAAUACAGACGGGAGGAGGUCAAAGUGGACAAUAAAAUAUUCAAGAUCCCACCAGAGGCUUUUCCUGAAGAGGCCUCUGUGAGGAACAGGAGAAGAGUGGCACAUGAGAACUGGUCAGUGGAUGACGAACAUAAAGCUUUGUACGUCCUGCAGCACUGGGAAGAGAUGCCAGGCUAUGGAUACAAACUGGUACCAGAGCAUGUGGAGACCCGGUCCCUGUACAACCCAGAGAACCCUGGUCUUGUGCAGGGUUCCUUACACAUGUGGAUUGACAUGUUCCCAACUGAUGUCCCUGCACCGCCGCCUGUCAAUAUCAAGCCACGACUGCCUGUCAGCUAUGAACUGCGUGUGAUUAUCUGGAACACGGAUGACGUAAUCCUUGAUGAUGUCAACCCAAUAACAGGAGAGCCUUCCAGUGACAUCUAUGUGAAAAGUUGGAUAAAGGGUCUUGACCAUGACAAGCAGGAGACUGAUGUUCACUUUAACUCCUUGACUGGGGAGGGAAAUUUCAACUGGAGGUUCAUCUUCCGCUUCAACUAUCUCCCAACUGAGAAAGAGAUCAUCUACAAGAAGAAGGACUCUGUCUUCUCUGUGGAGGAAUCAGAGUUUCGGGAACCAGCUGUUCUGGUCCUCCAGGUCUGGGAUUAUGACAGCAUUUCAGCCAAUGACUUUCUAGGCUCCAUCGAGCUGAAACUGCAUGACAUGGUGCGGGCAGCCAAGAGUGCAGAGCUUUGCACCAUCAGGAUGGCCAAGGAGAAUGCUACACCUCGCUUCUCCAUCUUCCGAAACAAGCGAAUGAGGGGCUGGUGGCCAUUCAUCAAACUCAGAGAUCAAGAAGAUCAGGAGAGAGAAGAGAGGGAGGACAAGCAGAAAAAGAAGAGGAAAAGCAGCUCAGUUAAACCAGAGGACUUAGAGUUCACAGACCCUAGUGGGAACAAAUACCUCCUGACGGGUAAGGUGGAAGCAGAGUUCCAGCUGUUGACUGUGGAGGAGGCUGAGAAAAGUCCUGUUGGUUUGGGCCGAAAAGAGCCCGAACCCCUGGAAAAGCCAAACCGGCCAAAAACUUCUUUCAACUGGUUUGUGAACCCUGUGAAGACUUUUGUAUUCUUUAUCUGGAAGCGGUAUAAGAAAUACAUUAUUGUGCUGUUUAUUGUUGCUCUUCUGACCAUCUUCCUGGUUCUUUUGAUCUAUACCAUGCCUGGAUAUAUCAGUGAGAAGAUCAUCAAUGGAUAAAUGCUCUUCUGCACAGGACAGGGGUGAUCAUUGCAGGAAUCAAGACUGGACCAAAAUUUUAUAGAAAUCCUCCAAGAGCAGAGGCAAUCUUCUGAGACCUGCAGAAGGGGCCUGUCUUUGGGGAGUCACAUGUCAUGCCAAGUACCCAUUGGAUGCUAAUAAAACAAAUACUCAAUCUAUAAAAUAAGGAAAACUCCUUGAAGGACAGUUACAGCUUUAAGAAAACAAUUGUUCUUUGUGGUACUAGUGUGGAAAGGUGGGAAAAACAGUCAUCUGGGACUAUCCCCACAGGUAUGGCAGCUGAAUUUAGCUCUUGCCAUUGAGAGUUAUUCUUGCAGAGAUGGGGACAUAAGGAGCCAUCCAUACUCUGGCUUCACAACACUUGCCAUUUCCUAGUCCUUUGUCUGAAAUGUUCAAAGCACAUUGUAUGGGGGAAAGGCAGAUCUGAUGUAGGGCUCUGGUAGAGCUAGGGUCUGGAAGACUUUUGUGCUCCCCAGACAGAAGGAUGACAGAGCCAAGGUAGCCAUCUGCUUCCUGCUGUGCUGAGAGCAAAGGUCCAUGUCUUGAGGCUGGAGCCAGCUCUGAGUGUGAUAGGACUUCACAGGACAUGGACUUUCUUGCUGUCACUCUUUGAAAGAUGUAUAAAAGCUUUUUCCUGCAUGUGCUGGAUUGGAUUCAGGCUUGCUUCAAACUUAAUUUUGGCUCUUAAUUUCCAAAGGAAUGAAAGCCUGCUCUUUCCAAUCCUGCUUGUGUUUUGUGGGUGUUUUCCAAAACUAGGGGCCAGCAGGCUGUCCUUGCUGAUGGCCCUUUGCCUUCCUUCCUGGAUAGCAGAGCUGGCACAUAGGCAUGGGGAUGAUGUUGCUGGAUUGGUGUAAAUGAUACGAGACUUAGCCUUUGUGUCACGGAGGGGAUUCUGCCACCUACGCCAAUUGUGGCGGAGGGGAGAAAUUAAUUGGUGCAAGAUGACUAUAAAAAGAUAUCAUUUAUUAAUUUUAAUAUUCUGAACUCUCACCACCCCCAAACAAUUUUUAAUAUUAAUAUUUGUUCUUACAUGGUUAUGGAAGACAUUCUAGGAAUAACACCAAACAGAACUACUAUUAUCUAGCAAACAUUCAAACUAUAAACAGAGAGAGGAAUUUCCCUGCGGCCAAAUGUCACUUGGGGUCAAUAUGCUGCUUGCCCAGUAGAUGGACCCAAGCUCUUUCUGCUCUAUGGCAGAAGGCAAUAGAGGAUUAUGGAGACAUUAAAGCAUUUACUCACAAAUUUUACUAAUUAUCAUUCACCCUCCAGAGCUAUGUCACAGCCUACAAAAUUGUCCAAUCCCCAGAGGACUCUGCCUGCAGAUGUCGAGGCUGGAAUUCUCCCAGCUUCAGGGGAAAGAAUGCAGACCUGCAGACAUCUCUGACCUUGUUCUCCUGGCUUCUUCUGGACACUCUGUCUAGGGAUUCUUAGGCAGGACCUUCAGGUGCAGAGGCAAGAUGUUGUGCAGUCUAAGCACGAUAUCAUACUGGCCACACAGGCCAAUCAUGUGCAGAUAAUCCAGGGUCUGCUUCUGGUAACUUUGCAGCAGUGGAGUUUACCAGGCAAUGAUAAGGCAGUGGGUGUGCAAUAGGGUGCACAGCUGCAUGGGAGACUGAGCUCCAUAGAUAAAGGCAGACAAUACAGGAUCUAGUCCUGGUAACUCACCGCAGUGGUGUGCAGGUGUGCACAGCUGGCUGGGAGCCCAUGGAAGAUUUGGGUGAGCACUACGGGUGAGCAGGCAAGCAGGCAUAAGCAAGAGCAAGUUGUUUACCUGUGUACCUCUAUUUAUCAAAUGUGGGCCAAGAUUAAUGGGCCCUUUGUGAAAAAUAGUACCCGUGUCAAUAUGAGACAAAGCAGAGCAGGGGUGUGAUGGAGCUAACUAGGUGGGGGAUAUUGAAACCUACGUUUAGGAACGAGCGAUAACAGAAAGCGCCACGAGCAUGGUAGAUAAACUGUAAAGCACACGACUGUGCAGACUCAAAUAGCUGAGUCACGGUGAGACCACCUGAGGAAGACUCGUUGCUUCAGCCUCACAACCACCAGAAGGAUUAACAUGCAUGUGCAACAGUUCCAGAAAAAACUGCAACCGCUUCAGGAAGUGUUUAAAUAUGUAUUAAACUGCUUUAUGAAUAUGUAUGUAAGCGGGAAAUAAAAAUCCUGCAACUGCUUGUGUACAUUGCGCAGCUGUGAAGCUAUAGCUCCCCUGUGCCCAAUGCUGUUUCUUGCUUGCCAAAAUAAAAUUCCUUCAACUUACAGAA